GCGAGUCGGACGUUCGUCGCGAGUUUUACCGCUGCCGAGUGAAAUAUCAACAAUAAGUGCAAAUCGCCGCGAGCAUUAAAUUUGUGCGAUAAUUGAAUAAUUUUGAUAAUUUAACAAGUCGCGUCGUGCGAAAUUGAAUUAAUUCGAGUGAACCGGGUCGCGAAUAUUUGGAAAAAGGAUUUGUGUAUACCGAAAAGGCUAAACAACAAGCCCGUUAAAGAAAUUUGCAUUUUCAUCUUGCGCAAAAGGCAAACAAACACAGAAAACAGAAAAAAUGCUGACACCGAUGAGGCCAGCGGUGGGUUGAUUGGCUGACAACCACGACGACGUCCACGAACGAGAAAAAAAUAUACAACUAGACACGCUUCAGUGCCAUCGAGUGGGAGGAAGUGGAAGUGGCAGUGGAGAGGAAGGAGCAGCCUCACCUGGCUCAACUUGAAUACGAGAAAAGCUGAAAAAAUCGAAUAAAGCGAAAAAAAAACACACACUCUACAAACAUCCCGCCACAAUGACAAAUGUUUGGAGCGGAGCCAGGCUUUAGGUGUUGAGCAGGUUUAAUCAAACAACAAAGGAAAAGCCGAGGAGGAAGCCAACAGAAGGAGAGGAACGGAAGGAGUAAGGACACCGAACAACACCUGAAUUGGCCAAGAGAAAGUUCCAUCAUGGAGAAACCGAUGCACCAUGCACCCACUCCGGCUGCCGUGGGUAAGGUGAGCCAGAUAGCCAAUAUCUUCCAGCGGAAACCGAUUGAGAUUCAGCCUGUGGAACAGCUGACUGCUGUGGCCGCCGCUCACGCCGCUGCCGCCGCCGCUGCAGCUGCCCAUCACGCCCACGCCGUUCCAGGAGCACCGGCGGUACGAACGGAAUCCCAUUCGGCGAGAUUCAAUAACGCUCGGGCGCUGUUCGAGAAACUGGGAGUCGAGUCCAACUCGAAUGUGAGUUCGCGCCUCCUGAGAAGUGGUUCCCGUGAGGAUAAUCUAUGCGACGGUUCGGAUCGCUCAUCUUCACGCUCCUCGGAUCGUUCACAAUCGCCUCCAAAAAGGAGAACCCCAUUUCCCUCGGGAGUUUCCCUAGUUCACAACAAUAAUAAUGCCGCCACUGUGGCUCAGAAUGGAGUUCUUCCAACCGAGCAACGUUUGAGCAAUAGCAAAUUUAUUGUUGAACCAGCGGCCCAAGUUGUUCCCACUUCGGUGGUCAAGUACCCACAGCAUAAUAUAUCCCGCACUAAAUCGGAGGAAGUGGCACCCAUAACACCACCAGCUGGAGGAUCAGUGAGUGCUUUAUUUGCCAACUCAGGCGGAGGUGUUGAUAAGCCGGAGAAACCGGAGAGGAAAUUCAAUUCAAGGGAACUCAUUGAGAAGCAAAAGAAGUGGACUUCGCAUUUCACCAAAACCAAAACCACAAGGACGCACAGCGAUCUAAAUCGCUGCGAUAUCAUACGUACAGUGCCAGGAACUGGACUUAUAAUGGAUAGCGAGAAGGUUUCGAAGCCGGCAAUGGAACCGCCGACCCAAACACCAAAUGCCAGUCCCAAUCCGCCGAUGCGAACGGCGCAGGCUCCUCCAGAAAUCAAACCAAGAAGCGGAAAGAUCGGGAGUCCUGUGAAGUCGCCGCCAUUGCCUCCGAUUCCGGCGGUCAAGCCAAAGAAUGUGAGUCCGGUGAAGUUCAAUGCGGUGCGAGGAUCACCCACAAAGACGGCGGAUAACUCGCCUCCGCCUCCUCCUGCCAAGUCAGCUGCUGUACUCCAGAGAUCCCUGAUGCAGGAGCAGCAGCAGGAGUUGCUGAGGAACUCAGGGGAUCCACCUAUUCCGCCAGAGAAACCCCGAAAGAAGUCCGUAGAUCUCAUCGAGGAUACGCAACCGUUGACCAACUGCUCCACGCCCUCGUCCUGCGCCUCGCCCACCAGUUCGUAUAUUAUCCAACCCGCCAAGAGGGGAUCCCUGGAUGGUGGAGCCGGCGGAAAUGGUCAGUAUUCAGGAAAUGGCCUCAGUGGCAGCACCAAUUCGGCCACAUCGGGCUCACCGGUGGCCAGUGCCUCGUCGGGACCCUCGUCCCCGGUUCACACCGAGGAUGAGAAGCAGGAGAACGAGUCCACGGAGAAGUCGGAGAUGGAGUACUACCAUGGCAGCAACUACAACAGUGUUCCCAGGCGGCGACGCAGCGAAAAUGAAGGUCGCAAAUCUGUGGACGAAACUCCGGCAUUGGCCAACAACACCCAGCAGCAGCAGCAACAUUCCAACCUUCCUGGCUCCGCCAACGGAUCUCCCCAGCGAGUGGCCAACAAGCGCAGCAGCAUCACGGUUAACAUGCCAGCCGCCGGUCUUGGCCAGCGACCACCGAGCAUUAUAUCCACCACCAGUCAGGAUGAAGGUGGCUUCAAUGAAUCCACUCCUGAACUAAAGGCCAAGCUGAAUCCAUCCUACGAUCAUAAAGAUCAGUUGGAGGAGCAGCCGCACAGCCUGAACUACGUGGAUGUGGGCUAUCGCCUGAAUCCCGAUGGCAGCGAAAGUCGCGAGGUUUAUGGAUCCGAGGCGGAAUUAUACGACACAGCCAAAGUGAGCGAUAUGCAGCGCAAGUUCCAUGGAGCCAAUGGUUUUGGCCAGGAAUCCAGCACGGUGUAUGCCAUUAUCAAGACGGAUCUGCCCGAGUCCCAGCCAGUGGCUCCUUCAAGAGGGGUUCUUCUACAGUCGCCCACUUCCUCGAGUGUUGAGGGUUCCCCACUCCAUCGAGGGGUUUAUAGCUCCCCUCCCGUUGGUGUGGUUUCACCCAUAAGGCGAAGGAAUAGCAACAAUCAGGAGCAAAAUGGCGGCAGUGCCAAGUCCACGCCCCCCUGCUCACCCGCCCGUUCGGCCUUGAUCAAGGGCAUUGCCCCCAUAGCCUCCAUCGAUGCGCAUGAAGAGGAGGAACUGGAUCUCGCCGAGGAGGAGGAGGACGAGCAUCUCGCAGUUGAGUAUGUGGAGGUAAUAGAACUCCAACGGGAGGAGGAUGAGGAGGAGGCUCCUGUCCUUCCGGAAAGACGAGCUCCGGCCCAGGGAUCACUGGAGCUGCAGGAUUUGGAGUAUGCGGAUACCAGCGCCGGAGAAGAUGAAGAGGAUAUCAUCAACCAUUUGAAGGGCGACAUACUGGAUGUGGAACUAAUCGACGACGUGGUCGAUGAGGUGAUCAAGGUCCAUGUGAAUCACAGUGUGGCGAUUGCUCCUCCGCUGCAAACAGCUGCUCCUGCGGUUCCAGCUGCGGCGAUUCCACGGGAGGAUAGCCUUCCAGAUGACAUGACCGCCGCCGAAGCCGAACGAUUGUUGAGCUCUAGCAUUUUGGAAAACAAAAUCAGACAACAGUCGCUGCUGUCGGACGAACAGGCCAAGGAAGUCGAGCAAAUACUCAACGCCGCCCCCAGCGUGGGCGUGGCAGUUGCUGCCGUUGUUGCCACAGCAACAUCGCCGACCAGCAUCAAGAAUCUCAUUGAGGAUUUGCCCGGGCAAUCAUCUGUAUCAUCAUCAGUUGCUGCCAACGGGGAGCAGGAUAUCCAAAUUGCAGCUGUCCCAGCGAUUGUCGAGGAGGACGAGGACGAAGAGGAGGAGCCGGAGCAGCAGCAGUUCCACGAGGGGGAGGAGGAGGACGACGACGAGGAAGAGGACCACGCCAGGGCCGAGUUCGAUGUGAAUGGCGGCGAGGCUGACGGCGAUUCCGAUGACGUUGAAGCCGUGGACAUUGUGGGCUAUGGACAUGCCGCCACCUCUCUGAAUGCCACCUUCGUCAAGGCCGACAGCACAGAGACAGAGACGACCACCACAACCCCCUCGACGGCGACCACAGCCACCACUCGCCACGACGACGACGAGCCCGAGUGGCUAAGGGAUGUCCUUGAGGCACCCAAGCGCAGUCUAGAGAAUCUGCUAAUCACCUCGGCCACAUCGGGAAGAGGACCUGGUCAGCGGGAAGAGCUGGAGAACGGCUACGAUCUACAAGAGAAACAUUCCGAUCUGAAUCACACCUACGUUACCGGUGGAGAAUCGCUGCACGAAUCGAUUGUAUCCGUGGAAUCCACGCAAUCGGAUGCCACACUCAAUCAGACGACGACCAUUGACGACAGCAUCAUCUCCAGCAAGCAUAAUUCCACCUACUCCCUGGCAGAUGCCGAACAGGCCACCAAUUCAACGGUGCUCAGUACUGGGGUCACCGAACUAGACGACAGUCAGUACUAUAUUCCCGAGUAUCCGCCUGUGAGGAGCAAGGAGGUUCUUGUAGAGGCGGGAGUGCAUUACUUUGAAGAUGGCAACUUCUGGAUGGAAGUGCCAGGUCUCCUAGACUUUGACGACGACGACUGCUCUUAUCCGCCCAUCACUGUGCGCAAGAAUCCCAAAGUUCGCUUCAGUUCCGGACCCAUUCACGUGUAUUCCACCUUCUCCGUCAACGAUUACGAUCGCCGCAAUGAGGAUGUUGAUCCUGUGGCCGCUUCGGCGGAAUACGAGCUCGAGAAGCGCGUGGAGAAGAUGCACGUCUUCCCCGUGGAAUUGAUGAAGGGUCCCGAGGGUCUGGGUCUCAGUAUAAUUGGCAUGGGCGUUGGCGCCGAUGCAGGCUUAGAGAAACUAGGAAUCUUUGUGAAAACAAUAACCGAUAACGGAGCAGCAGCCAGAGACGGUCGCAUUCAGGUCAACGAUCAGAUCAUUGAGGUGGACGGCAAGAGUCUCGUGGGCGUCACACAGGCAUAUGCAGCUUCGGUGCUGCGCAAUACUUCCGGUCUAGUCAAAUUCCAAAUCGGACGCGAACGUGAUCCCGAGAACUCUGAGGUAGCCCAGCUCAUACGACUGAGUUUGCAGGCGGAUCGCGAGAAGGAGGAGCGCUUGAAGCGCCAACAAGAGGAGUACCUGCGUCGCACCCUCGACUAUUCGGAGGACUCCACCCAGCCGGUUUCGGCCAAUUCGAGUGUCUGCGAGGGACCCUCGAGUCCCGUCCAGGUGGAGCAUCCCAUGGAGGUGGAGGCCACCCAUUCGCAGGAGGUAGAGUCGCUCAAGCGGCUGCUACAGGAGAGCGAAAUGGGUUGCCUGGUUAAGGAGGAGAUUAUACAAAACCUAAAACGAAAGCUGGUCAAGCUCGAGACGACGGGAAAUGAGAAUGAGCUGCUUAGCGAGCGGCUCCGGCAGAGCGAAAGGGAGCUGGGAAAUAUCCGGAAGGAGGCGGCCAAUCUGCAGAACAUGCUGCAGCAGUCGCAGGGUCAGUAUAUGGCUCUCGAUAAGAAGUACAACAAGGCCAAGCGGCUGGUGAGGGAGUAUCAGCAGCGGGAACUGGACAUGUGCCAUCGCGAGGAGUUCUACCAGCAGCUGCUGCAGGAGAAGGACACCGAGUACAAUGCGCUGGUGAAGAAGCUCAAGGAUCGGGUGAUUAAUCUGGAGCACGAGCUGCAGGAGACGCAGCGAAAGGCUGGCUUCCCCGUGGGUCUGCCCUACGAUAGUGCCACCCUGAAGUUGACCCCGCAGAUGAUGCGUAAGACGCCGCCAAAGCCCCUGUUCCACAAGCUGGAAACGGAGUUGUCGGACACCGAGAUCUCUGAUCUCUCACCCGAUGGCGAUGGUGUGAAGACAGCAACGGUGGAGCGUAAGGUUCCCGUGAAGGACGAACUGGAUGCGGCAGUGCCGCAGCACGAGCUGCUGGAUAACUCGGUUAACAAGACCAAAAUCGAUCUGGCCUCCCGUGGUGGUUUAGCCAAUCGCCAGUUGCCCUCAGCCAAUGGAAAUAGUACUUCAAAUGGAGGAGGAGCCGCCUCCGCCGCCGGUGAUCUUGGCCAGCUUUCGAACGGUAAUCUCCUCAAGCGCAGCCGCAGCAACAGUCGUAGUUCGGACUGCACUUUAGAUGACACCGAUGAGGAGGAGGAGGAGGAGCGCGAGGGAUCGGCCUUGAAUCUGGCCAAUGCUCCGCCUACCUCCCAUGAAACCAUCAACCUCUCCAACGGCAACUCGCAUCUGCUGGCCAACGUUAACAAUCUCCUCCAGCAUCAUCCGCCAGCCAUGGCCAGUGUGGUGGUCAGCACCCCUUCGAAUGGCCACCUGGGCACCACCACGGCCAUUCUGCUGAACUCCACCUCCUCCGCCUCGUCCAGUUCGUCCAACCAGUCGACCGCUCGCGAGGCACAGAUCAAUCAGCUGUACGCCCAGGUGCACAAGGAUCCCAGCAAGCAGCAACAUCAGCAACAGCAACAGCAGCAGCAACAGGUGACUCAGCAGGCAGUGACCACCAGUAUUCCCGGCAUUUUCAAGAACGCUUUGGGUUCGCCGGCGGACAAUGGAUUGAAUGACUUCCAUCGCGGCAGCAUGACCACCUUUGGCCAGGGGCCAGCCACCAGCAGCAAUCGUGAUCUCAACAGCUCGUACGACUCCAUCCUCGGUUCCAACGAUAAGUUGGCGGAGAACGACCCGGCGGAGAGUUGGAUGUAUCCCUCGAGGAGGCGAGUGGCCCCCAAUGGCAGCAAAGUUCCACUGCCCGGAUCCAGUUUUACGGACCAACUCAACCAGGCGCUGUCCGAUCGCGAGAGGCGACUCGGCGAUGGAUCUUCGCGACAUUCCAGCGACGAUUACACGGAGAUUAACAAGAGCCAGAGCGCCGCGGCCAUCAACUGCAAGACGCUGAUCAACGAGAUCCGCCAGGCGGUGAACGAAGCACAGCCCAAAGUUAAACAAGUCGUUCCACAAUCACUCUCCCCGCCCGGCACAGUGCCCUGGCAGCAGCAGCACCACCAGCAGAUCCAGCAGCAGCCCUCCGCCCACACCACCGGUCCUCCGUCGCCCACCAGCAUGUCCUCCGGCUGCUCCUCGCCGGGAUACUCGCCCAGCAGGACUUUGGAUCUCUCCGGAUCCAGUUCUAGCUUCUCCGAUCGCAAGGCGGUGGCCGCUGGCUAUACCUACAAGGGUGGCCCCGUCCACGAAUGGACCAAGGAUCAGGUGGGCCACUGGCUGAUGGGCAUCGAGCUGGAGCGCUACAUCCCCGUCUUCAAAGAGCACAACGUGGAGGGCGGCGCCCUGCUCACCCUGGACUCUAAGGACUUCAAGACUCUGGGCGUUUGCGGCGACGACAAGCAUCGGCUAAAGAAGCGCCUUAAGGACCUGAAGGCCAACAUCGAGAAGGAGCGCAAGGACAUGGAGCGGGAAAGAAGGGAGCGCGAGAAGGCCAUACGCAAGGCCGAGAAGAAGGCGGCCAAAAAGAAGUAGUUGAAUUCUAGUUGAUAAGCAUCAAAAAGUAGCCAAAAACCAAAAGCAUACGCAGUAUAUAUUGUAGUCUAUAUAUAUAUAGAUAUAUAUGCAUACACAACACACACAAGAAGCGUAUAUAAAAAAAUAUAUCUAUUCGGUUAUAUAUAUUUAUAUGCAUGUAAUGAUAAUAUAAUUUAUUUGUACAACACACACAUCUAUUAUACAUACGUACUACAUUUUAACCUAUCGAACCUAAUGGCAACUAGACGUAAUUAUUCUAAAUUAAAGGAAUAGCGAGGAAAGCAGCGAGUAGAGAAGGUCAGGAGCGAUAGAGUAGCAGUAGAUCUCGGUUAGAAUUGAAACCCCGACUCAACCCUGACUCAAAAACCGGGCCCAACAUCCAACCGAUGGCACUCAGACUUCCCCGACAAACAAAAAACAGAACUCACAACCAAAAGAAGAAGCUAAGUAACUAACAAAAAAGGCGUUGGACUGACUGAUUUUUAUGAUUAAUUUAAAAACAAAACAAAAAAAAUAAAUAAACGAAAAAAAACAAAACGAAAGGAAUUCUUUUUUAAAAGCCAACCAAAAACCAAAAAGAACCACUUGAAUUGAGAAUGCAAACGAAGGCGUAGAACACUUAAGGAAUUCGCUGAACAGACUUGAACGGUUUUAAGGAGCUGC